AUGCAAAGCCUACAUGCCCUUCCUGCACGUGCGGCCAAAUGGGGCGCCGAGACCCCAACUUCGCUUUCCCAUGCAGAGCAACGAUUCCUUCCUCCUUUGCGAGAUGGACGGGCUAUACCCACCCCGGCGAGGGCCCUGUCCCGGCUGAGCCAUCCGGACAACUUCAUUGGAGAGAUAGGGCCGCUAACCACUCUGCUUGAGGAAUCUCGAAUUGUGACGGAGGACAGGGCAAUGUAUAUGUCUCGCACACUCAUUGAGGCUGUGUGGGAGCAUUUCGAUGCUGUUGGCAGAAGACCCGGCGGCGCUCGUCCAACCGUGCCGGUCGUGCCGGUCUUGCGACUGGCAGACUAUGUUGGUGCCCGCUCCUUCGACCUAACCAGUGUGCAGAUGCAAGUUGGCUGUACCCUGGAUCAGGUCGCUGGCCUCCUGCAUGGAGAACCUCAGCAGCUAUGGCCCUUACCCGCGCAAGGAUCAGAUAUCAUGCGCCAAUGGCAACAAGCAUACCCAUGUGCAAGUACUAGUGCCUCUGCCCAGGCCUACGACCAGGUUGUAGUGUACACCGAUGGCUCCUUUAAUGGCUGCAUCAGCUCAUGGGCGUUCCAUGCCAUUGGUCGUCAAGGUGGAAGAUGGGUCAGCAUAGGCUGGAUUGGGGACCGUGUUCAACUUGACCCGAAGGCAAGCAACUUCCUUGGUGCCGCCGCACACGGUGCACUCAAUGGGGAGCUCACAGCACUGUUUUGGUGUUUGGGUUGGCUUCUGUCCUUUCCAUCCCCUACUAGGAUCGCAAUUUUCUCAGACUGCACUACGGCGAUUGGUCUCUCCCAGGGAACCUCAGGCCAGUUUAGAGGCGAAGACAUUGCGUGCUCGUGUAGAGCGGCCAUGCAGGCUCUACAGACUAGAGGAACCAGGGACCGGAUUACUCUACAACACAUGAGAUCUCACGUCGGACAUGCAGGUAAUGAAAUCGCCGAUCAGCUUGCCAAGAGAUGCUGUACCCAUGAGAGGCAGGGAACGACUUGGGGCACGCAUCCCCUUUGCCUCUUCCUACGUCGUAAGUCGAUGCCGUGGCUGUGGUUGUUCCUCGAGGCGUGUUACCAUCCGACGGCCUGGCCUACGCACCUCGCCGGCUCCUUUGUGGAUCAGUGUAGCCGGUCCGUCGAGCUUCCCGACUCAUGGGAGUGUGCGAGCAUGCUAGGCCUUGAGGCGCACGCAGAGGGCCACAAGAGACAUAGAGCUCGGGGUGCAAGGUUAAAUGCGUCUAUUUUGACCGUCAAUGUACAGUCUCUGCACCCAGGGACUGAAGCCCAAACUGAAGGGCAAGCGCUCAACACAUUUUGUGGUAGAGCCGGCCUUUUGCGGGAACAGUUCAGCGAGCUUGGUGUCUGUGUCGCAGCACUCCAGGAAACCCGUGCCCCCCGCAAUGAAACGGUCCAAUCCAAGACACAGAUCAGGUUCUGUAGAGCAAGAGAUAACCAGGGUUCAUACGGCACCCAGCUUUGGUUCUCGCGCGACAUCCCAUUCAUCACGCACCCUGCCACCAAGGUGUUCUUCCAGCAGAGUGAUUUCCUUGCGGUUCAUUGGGAUCCCAGAAUCAUUGCAGUUCGCUUUCUGCGUGCGAGUGUGCGGAUCUUGUUCAUUGCCAUACACGCACCCACCAAUUCCUCUCCGGAACGGAAUCAUUGGUGGCAUAACUUCCGACUCCUUGUAGGGCGGCUACGCCAAGGAGCUCAGACGGUGAUACUUGGUGACUACAAUUUGCACCUCGACAAGAGUCACGAAGGAAGAGUCGGGGAUCUGACAUGGCACGCCAAGGUGUCGCCCCCGCCAGUCUUUUGGAGCCUACUCGAGGAAGCUGACGUUUGGAUACCCAGCACCUUCUCGUGCUGUCACUCAGGGCCUUCUGACACGUGGCAAGCACCCGGAGGGACCAGCACGUCGCGCCUCGACUAUGUCGCGCUACCGCAGGCAUGGCAGGUUGCCAGUGGCUCCAGCAAGGUGCUGCACGGUCUGGAUUGGGGCCAGGCCAGGGCAGACCACUAUGCCUUGAUUGUUCACACCGAUGCUCAUAUCCUGCUUGAGGCGCCAAAGGCAGGCAGUCGGGGUAAGCUCGAUGUCCAGGCCAUGGGAACUGCUUCUGGCAAGGAGAAAAUCCGUCAUAUUUGUGAGUCGUUGGAGCCGCAGCCAUGGAGCAUGGACGUACACCGUCAUGCGGCGUACAUCGAAAAUCAUUUCCGCAAAGUGCUGCCCCUUGCAUUUCCGGCUCCGCGCGUGACUCAGAGGCGCACGUACUUUCAGCCCGAGACUUGGCAACUUCGUAACCAGCGAGCGUGGUUGAGGAAACGCGUGCACUCGGCUUCUCUAUUUGGUAAGCAGUUCUCUAUGCGGUGCGCCUUCCAGGCUUGGGCUCACGAAAGCCACAUCUGGGAGGCAGGCGGAGGGCGGUGGAGCCGUCUCCUACGCUGCCUCUACGAACUUCCCAGGCAUAUUGAGGCUCUUCGUAGUACGUGCUCACAGUUUCGCUCUUCUAUCAGAAGGGAUACCAAGGCUUACCUCCACGAGGUCGCGGUGCAAGCCACCAGUAUGCCUACCAAGGACACGGUGCAAAAACUUAAAGCCUUGACCGGCGGACCCAGGCGCAAGCAGAGGGGUGUGACUCCUUUGCCGGCCGUGGAGGUCUCUCCAGGAUCUCUCGCUCUUACACAUCAGGAAUCCAAGGACAGAUGGAUAGCACACUUUUCGGCCAUUGAGGAUGGCCACUUGCAAGGUCCAAGCGAGCUUGUCCACGAAUGCAUGCGUCGACAGAUGUCCAAGGACUUGACGGAUUACUCGCUCUCGCCAGAUGAUCUACCAAGUCUGGUAGAACUUGAGGCUGCCCUUCGAGCUGCAAACACGGACAGAGCCUAUGGGCUCGACGGUAUCCCAGGGGAAGUCCUGCACCAUGGAGCGCCUUUCUUGUCUAAGAUUGCGUACCAGAUUCUCCUUAAGUCCGCCUUCCGUCUUUGCGAGCCAGUGCAGCACAAGGGGGGCACGCUAUACUUCAUCUGGAAGCAUAAGGGACCCAAGGAGUCCUGCAGCUCGUACCGAGGGAUACUAGUCUCGUCGACGCUUGGUAAAGCCCUGCAUAAAACCAUUCGCAACAGGUGCACAGGUCCUCUGUCACAAAGCACAGUGCUUCUGCAGGUUGGGGGGUUACCUCAGUACCCAGUGACCAUGCCGGCACAUGCAGCUCGCUUGUUCCAAUCUGCCUGUCAAAAGAGGCGCCUGUCGCACUCCCUUCUGUUUCUCGAUCUGCAGGAAGCCUUUUACCGAAUCAUUCGGCCGCUCAUCACAGGAGACCAGCCCACUGAUGAAGAAAUAGCUCGCAUCUGCGCUGCCGUACAGUUGCCUGCUAACACCAUGCACGAGCUGAGGGACUUCAUAGGUGGGCCAUCCCUUGUCCGAGAGGCGGGAGGCAGUGCCUGGGCAGACGGCAUCGUAGCCGAGUCACUUCGAGACACUUGGUUCAGGCUUCCCAAUGAGCCUGAAAUAGUUGUCACGCGGACCGGUUCCCGCCCUGGGGACUCCUUAUCGGACCUUGUCUUCUCGUUUCUUUUCGCGAAGGUCCUCGGGCAGGUGCACAAGGCACUCACCGAUGCCGAACUCCUUGCCCGAAUACCAUGGGGUCCGGAAAUGCAUUCUAGGAUCCACCCGGUUGCCACGCCCCCUGGCGGCGACGUAGGUUUAUCGGACGCGACAUGGAUGGAUGACCUUUCCAUGUUCCUCAUGACGACGGCUGCGUCUGAUUUGGUGCGUGCCCUUGACUUUGGGGCCUCUUCACUCAUUGACGCCUGCCUACAGAGGGCGCUGGUUCCCAACCUGGCUAAGGGCAAAACGGAGGCCAUGAUACAGCUUCAUAAAAAGGGAGCAAGGGAAGUUCGGAAAGACAUUUUCGGACAAGGGCAGGGGGAAAUUCCCCUUUCGUGUAGGCUUUGGCCAGGCGCGAGACUGCGCAUCGUGCCGGUUUACAAACACCUGGGAGGCUUCCUCCAACACAACGGAGGCUUACGUCAAGAGAUAUCCCAUCGAUGUGCACAGGCAUGGGAUGCUUUCAACAGGCGCAAAAAGAAGGUGUUUCAGUCGCCACUCGUAUCCGCGUCAGACAAAGCGCAGCUCUUUGACAGUCUUGUGUCCACGGUCAUGUUCCACGGCACAGGAACAUGGACGGGCGUUUCGCAAGCACACCUUGACUCGUUGGACGCGGUCAUCCGCCAGAUGGCAUGCCAGAUGCUCGCACCAGCAUACACUUGUGAAGAGGCGUGGCAUCUCGGCACAGCGUCGGCCAUAGCUGCAGCAAGAGUGCCCAGAGCUGGUACUUAUGUCCACGCCUUCAGGCUUCGGUACCUUCUUUCCUGCGUCAGGCUCGAGGUCCCGGAAAUCUGGGCCUUGGCCCACUGGGAGGAGAACUGGCUACAACUCGUACAGUCCUCAGUGAGUUGGAUGUGGGACCUCACCAGAGGCCCGACAGAGAACAGAAGCUGGGACGCCAUGUGGCCAGCAUGGGUCGAAGAGUGCCGUACCUCUCCUGGCAAGUGGAAGUCCCGGAUUCGUCGAGCCCUUGCAGCGGCCUUACGGCGAGAAGAGAAUCAGGCAGCAUGUGAAAGACACCUGUAUCUGUUGUCUAAGCAGCUGCAGCGCGCCGGGGCUCUGCCGGUAGGCAAAGCUUCUGUGACGGAGGGAGGCAUGCAGAUUGGCACUCCUCAGCAGCCGGGGGCCGAGGGACCGUUUCGGUGCCCGCAUGAUGAUGUCAUUACGGAUGAAAUGGACAGGCCCUCGGCAGAGGCACUUGACUGCCUGGCCCAACUCAAUUUUGAUGACAGCCUCGAUGUGUUGACGGACCAGGAGCUGCAAGAGCGCAUAAGGGCUUCCCUUUCCUGUGUGAACGGCAAACCAGAGCUCAACAGGUCGACGAAGAGUGUGGCUUUUGCAUCAGCCUCCUCGGACUCCCUGCACUGGACUUGUGCAAUCAUCCUCCGGCUGCACAAGUGGAUCCGUGCGCGCUUCGGCUCGUCGGUGAUCUCACUCGGCUUGCCUUACGGCUAUGGCUGCGAGGGGUCCGGACUUGUCUUACAGCUCCUCAACCGCAUGGCGCCGACAUCGAAUUGUUGUUACGCAUACCUGGCGUUCAACACGAUUCUCACGAUGGCCAUGUCGACCUGUGGACAGGACCCU